GGCCGGCCCUGCACGAGAUUUUGGGGUUAAGAGUCGCGAAGGCACCCGCAGCGAUGUCGUCGGUGUGCAUGCCGCCGAAGCCGAUGACCAUUACCACAUCCACAGACGCGUCCACACCAAUAUCGACACCGACGCUAUUGCCCAGCUCAGGGAUGACAAUCCCGAGUCCGUACAUGCUCAGUGCUCGCAAGACGUCGAGUAGUUUUUCCGAUCUCGGCGACUAUGAUGAGUGCUCAGAUAUUGGAACACCAGAGAAGCCUGGUAUGUUCAAGCCCCCACCGAUCCACGAAGAAACGAUGGACACAACGUUCCGCUUGAACAACCCCGUCGACGACUCCAGGAGUGUUGCCGACAGCGGCAUCACGUUCCUGGCAGGUGAAGUCCUCAAGCUUCGCGUCGAUAAAGUUGCGUACAUUGUGUUUUACAAACAUGAUGUGCCCACACCUCAAAUCAACUCCGACGAGUCGUCAUCGUCACUCGACCCUGCCGACUCGACAACGUUGUCAUCACCGCCGCAUGUGGACUUGGCAGCUUCCAUGAGCACCAACGACAGCUCCACAGGCGUGACGGCGCCACCAAAAUCGUUUGGCGCGAUGGGUGCCGCCGGGCACAAAGUUCUCACAACUGAUUGCUUCCAGCGGUACACAUCGAGCACGCGAGGUGGGACCCUUGGACGGGGCCUCUUUCGUGCGUCCACACACGUCGGCAGUGCACUGGUGAAAGGCACGUCCACCCUCAUCAACCAAACCUACGAAGGCGGCGCGCGCGGUGGCGUAUUUGGAUUUGCCAAGGGCUUGGGACUUGGUGUGUGGGGAUUCGGCAGCCACACCGUCAAAGGAGCGUUUCGCUCCAUGGGACACAUGACCAAUGUCGUCGGCGAAAUGGUCCUUGGAAUGGAUCCGCACUUCAGCCUCGACGGGAAGCUCAUCAUGACCAACUACCGCCUCGUGUGGACGUCGACAGCCGGGGACAUGCUGGACAUUCCGCUGGCGUCAAUUGUGAACAUGGAGACCGCAGUGACGGCAUCGCACGUCCUCUUGAUCGAAUGCAAGCACCUCCUCCGGCCCAAAUUUGCCUUUCCAGACGACGAUACCGCCGCAAGAGUGAUUGAUGCCGCAUUAGCCAUGUAUGCAUGCGGAUCGUACACAUUUUCAACCGUCCAUUUCGAAGCGAUUCGGUCAGGGUCUUGCCUGGAGGACGUGGAUGGCCAGGAAGCGUCCAGCGUCGACAUGUACGACCCGAUCGCGGACUACACACGACUGGGUUUGAUUGACGACGGCGACGGUGGUCUGUGGCAGCUUGUGGACAACCACGAGUUCUUGUUGUUCCCGACGUAUCCGCACACGUUUGUGGUGCCAAAAGGAAUGACCUCGGAGGACUUGGUCGAGUUGAGUGCCUACCGCAGCGCCGCGCGAAUCCCUGCGGUCGUAUGGCGCCAUCCGUACACGGGCGCGACGGUGUGCCGAUGUGCACAACCGCGAGCAGGUCUCUCAGGAUUUGCCUCAGAAGCCGACAAAAAAAUCGUCCGGCUGCUCACGACCGGGUCGACCUUUUACUUCUUCGACGCCCGAUCCCAAAUGGCGGCUGCGGGCAACGUCGCUCAUGGCAAAGGCACCGAGGACGUGCGGAAUUACCCCAACACGGAGCUCCGUCACUGCGAUAUUGUCAAUAUCCAUGGCGUUCGAUCCUCGUACGCCGCGUUGGCGGCGGUGUGCCAGCCCAAUGCCCACGGCACCCCCGUGGACCCAGACGCAUUGUCAAGGACGCUGUGGUUGCAGUACUUGUCGAGCAUCUUGUUCACGGCGAGUGCGGUGUCCCAGCUCCUGUGUGGUGGCGAGUCCGUCAUGGUGCACUGCAGCGACGGCUGGGAUCGGACGUCUCAAGUUGCGGGGCUGCUCGAGGUCAUGCUGGAUCCGGACUAUCGCACGAUACGAGGGUUCCUCGAGCUUGUGGACAAGGAGUGGUGCUCCUUCGGUCACAUGUUUCGAUGGAGAACCGGAGCGGGCGAUUCGCCCAACGCCCAAGAGGUCGAGGAGCAAUCACCCGUGUUUGUGCAAUGGCUUGACGCGAUGUGGCAAGUGUGGCGCCAAGUGCCAUGGGCGUUUGAGUUUUCGGACGAGCUGCUCGCGACCGUGUACAGUCAUGUGUAUUCGGGUCUGUUUGGAACAUUCAAAUACAACUCGGAGCGGGAAAAGUGGACAAAAGAAGCCCAGACGCCGACGCGAUCGCUGUGGCGGUAUUUGCUCAGUCGCCAGCACGAGUUUGUCAACAUUCAGUACAACGCUGCCCGGAGCUUGGCGCUGCGUGGUAGGCCGUUGCCAGUUCUUGCGCUCGAGUCGGACUUGUUGUUGUGGGAUGCGCACAUUGCGUGUGCAGACCCGAUAUGCCGAAAGUACACGUGAACGACCACGGCAAAGCUAGAUUGUAGGUAGACGUAGUUUAGGUUAGGCUAGGAGGGAAUGCACCAUGUCGCAAAAGCCGUCGUCGAACAUGUUGUCGGCAAUAAGGCGGCUAUCACGAGGACAUGAAAUGAUAAGAGCUCUAAACGUUUCAACGUGGGUCGUACUUGACGUCUGA